CACGAGAGCCUGCUACCUAAGGAGGGGCAAUGGACUCACUCUCUGACCUCCCCCCAGAGCUAACCAAAGGUAGCCGUGUUGAAUGCCAAGAAGGAAAAGCGCCCUCCCCCUUCAGCCUCAGCUUUGUCUGAGAGUUUUGAAACCGCUUUAGUCUCAGAUCCUUUUCGUCAAACACCACUCCUCAAAUUCUCAAACCGGAUCACCUGUCGAGCCGGCUAUCGUGGUCCCAAACCUGUCAAGUACGGGAGAUUGCGAUCUCAAUCAUGGCCGAUGUGCACAGUUUCACGGACCUGAGUGGCGCGACCACACGCGGUUCAACCUUCAGGAGACUAUACCAUCCUGUUUCGAAAGUUAGGUGUCGGUGAGCAUGCCAUCCAUGGCUCAAAUACAAAACCGUCGAGCUCCCUUUGUGCGUUCUCUUCCUGUUCACCGCUUCUCUGAGCCUCAUUGACGGAUACGUUUCUCGUUGCACCUCUGGCAUCUCCAACCAAAUCCAACAUUGUGACUAGUCACCACCAACACCAUGUCAAGAACACGCUUCUCUACCAUCACCUGCCUCCUCUUGGCCCUCAUCACAAUGGCAACCGCUGUUCCUUCGCCACUCAGCCUACUCAGCCCCCGCCAACAACAAAGCAAUCAGCCCAUCUGCAGCGAGUACUCCACCAUCGCAAACCUGUCCAUUGUUGGUUCCAAUUCUACAUACCGAGCCGCAUACCUCAAAGCUUCACCUCAGGGCUACGAUCCAGCCAGCGCACCCCUCGACUCCGCAAUUCCUAAGCUGCCCAGCUUUCAAUUUAACGCCACUAUCAAUGCCGAGUGUGGGAAUUUGACUCAGGUGGCAAUCACGGGCGCUGCGACAAACUUUACGCAAGGCCAAGUAUUGCAGUUCAACGUCAAUUCCGCCGUGCAGAUAAGGGCACGUUCACUGGGGAUGGCGGUGAUUAUGGCUAUAGUUGUUGCUACGGUUGUCGAUAUAUUAUAGUGGAAGACCAUGAUGGACUAUUUCUUCUGUAUCAUAACUCCCCAGAGAUUUUAAAUUAGACGACCGAUCAAUAUGAGGC